GGCGAGGAGCCCGGGGCCGCGGCCUGGGCAGCGGCGGGAGCGGCUGCUGCUGCCGCCCUUGUCCUAGCCUGCCGGCCCGCGUGCCCUCCUGCGUGCGUGCGGAGCGAACCCAACCGAACCGGCCCGGCCCGGCCCGGAGCGCGGGGAGCCGAGCCGAGCAGAGCCCCGGCAGGCUGGCCCCCCGCCAUGCUGGGGCACACGGCGGCCGGCGCGGCGGGGCCGCAGCCCCCCCGGCUGCCCCGGGCCGCCGGCCCCGACGAGAACCAGGAGAACAUCCACCCGGACAAGCGGGGCGGCGCCGAGCCCGCCAGGACGCGCGCCGUGCUGGGCGUGCUGCGGGCCAACGUGCGGGCCCCGGGCCCCGGCCCCGGCCCGGCGGCCGCGCUGGCGCCGCAGAAGUCCAAGAGCCGCAGGGUGGUCGCACCGCUCAGGGAGGUCCCGGUGCAUGAUGAGCAGGGCAUCGUCCCGCCCUGGAACGCUACCAGCAAGCAGCCCACUUUCACGAUUCACGUGGAUGAGCCGGAGGCCGACCCCGGGAAGAAGCCUCCGGCCCCUAAGAAGGCGGACCCCGAGGAUGAGGCGCUGGGCUUCCACUCGGCCGUGUCGCUGCCCGAGCCCAGGAAGCCCCUGGUGCCCCUCGAUUAUCCGAUGGACGGGAGUUUUGAAUCUCCCCUUACUAUGGACAUGUCAGUAGUGCUGGAACCGGAAGACAAGCCACCGAAUGUCAACGAGGUCCCUGACUACCAUGAAGACAUCUAUCUGUACCUUAGGGAAAUGGAGGUCAAGUGUAAGCCCAAGGUGGGCUACAUGAAGAAGCAGCCAGACAUAACCAACAGCAUGCGUGCCAUCUUGGUGGACUGGCUGGUGGAGGUGGGGGAGGAGUACAAGCUCCAGAAUGAGACCCUCCACUUGGCCGUGAACUACAUCGAUCGGUUCCUGUCCUCCAUGUCGGUGCUGCGGGGGAAGCUUCAGCUGGUGGGGACUGCUGCCAUGCUCCUGGCUUCAAAGUUUGAAGAGAUCUACCCCCCAGAAGUGGCCGAGUUUGUGUACAUCACGGAUGACACGUAUACCAAGAAGCAGGUCCUAAGAAUGGAGCACCUGGUGCUCAAAGUGCUGGCUUUCGACCUCGCCGCCCCAACAAUCAACCAGUUUCUCACUCAGUAUUUCCUGCAUCAGCAGCAGGCCAAUUCUAAAGUGGAAAGUUUGGCGAUGUUUCUGGGAGAGUUGAGUUUAAUUGAUGCCGACCCAUAUCUGAAAUACUUACCAUCAGUGACUGCGGGAGCUGCCUUUCACAUAGCCCUCUACACGAUCACCGGGAAAAGCUGGCCUGAGUCAUUAAUCCAACAGACAGGAUACACCUUGGAAAGUCUUAAGCCGUGUCUAAUGGACCUCCACCAGACCUACCUCAGAGCACCACAGCAUGCACAGCAGUCUAUCCGGGAAAAAUACAAGACGGCAAAGUACCAUGGCGUAUCCCUCAUCAACCCUCCAGAGACACUGAACUUGUAGUGAGCGAGAGGGGCGGAGCUGGCACUCCAGCAGACAUCGUGCCGGACAGCUUUUCUCGUGGGCCGGGGCUUCUUCACAGAGAAUCACUUCACCGAGCACAAGCCAUGGCCGAUUACAAAUGAUGAAGUACCUUUUUUGAUUGUUAUGAUUUUAAAUGUAAAUCUUUCCUACGUGCAAUUGUCCUGCAUAUUUAGCUGCAGAUUUAAAUGGUGUCGUUCGUACGCAGUGAGCGUUAACCAAGCCCGUACCUUAGGAGAAGAGCUUGGAGACCUCGAUGGUUUGCCUCGAACAAGUGAAAACUGCAGUCAGACCCUGGCUCGCUCACGGGAGUGUCUGAACAUGAACCGCAAGGUACAGCCCAGCCCAGUAGAAGGACUUCCCAGGAUAAAGUUUAGAAUGCUGGCGGCCUUGUCCAUCUUGGCUACCGUGUUUUCUAAGGUUGGCGUGGCUCGGGAGAGCAUCGGCACUUGCGCUCGGAUGCCCUCCAGGGCGGGUGUUUCUGGAGCAAGUCCCUGCAGGUGGGCCCGGUGUGCCAUCCAUCAGUGCUGGGGCAGUAUCUCGCCUGCUGCCUGUGCUGCCAAAACACCUCUCGUGGUGUGAAAUAGAUCGAGAUUUUAAACAGAAACCGUGUGUAUGUCGCCCUUCUUCUUGAUGAUGCAUGCCACUCGUGGACCCCAACGACCCAGAGGGAGCUGCUGAUGGGCAGAGGGGCGUUUCUCCGGCUGGUCUCUACAGAUCCAAAGCCUUCUUUACAGGCUUAGUGACGGUGACAGAACCCAAGCAGAGGGAGGAAAAUCCAAGUCAUCCUUCACAUUAAUAAUGGAUUGUAUGUAUAGCUAGCAACUAGCAGGACCUGGGGCCUGACUACAAAUUAGGGUCUGAUGUGGGAUAGAAAUAGGCCCCAUUUUUCAGGUAAAAGAAAUAUUCUAAGAGAUUAAGUGACG